CCUGGGAAACAGAGACAGGGUCGGAGACUGCGAGAAACCCGGAAGGAAAGUUUAAAGUAAACAUGGAGAGGGGGAGGGGCGAGGAAAGCGACAGCUAAAGAAGCAGUAACCGGGGCUGCGGUGUCUGAGGAGAGGCUCUGCAUACUGAAGAGAUGGCAGACUCUCCUCCAUCUAUAUUUUCCAUAAGUGAGUUCCCACCAAAUGAACAAGGUGCAGCUCUCCCAGGAACAGAUCCUAUGCCCAGUAGAGGCGCAAAAGGAUAUCAGAGUUCUCCUAACCUGAGAAGGGGCAAAGGAAUAGAACCCCGCAGCCGGACAGAAUCUGCUUCAGAAUCCCAGGAGACAGACCGUGUUGGCGAACUCAACCAGUUCCGUUCACGUUCCCGUUCUGCUCCAUCUUCCCUAAUGGUUGCUGCUCGGUAUGGACGGGAGCUUCGGAGGAUGAGUGAUGAAUUUGACAAAAGCUUCAUGGGUCUACCUCGUCCUAAAAGCGCAGGCGCAGCUGCUCAGAUGGCCGGAAACAAGAGCUUCAGGGAAAUCUUAUUUAAUUUAUUAAGAUGGAAAAGUAAAGACAAAAACGAAUCAGAGAGUGAGAAAAAUUAAACUUUCUCCAUGGAAAAAAAGCUGCAAGACAGAUGACUAUACACUUCUUCACUACUUCAGGGGACUUACAGCUAACUUACAAUGAACGGCCCUCUUUCCAUGAAGAUAGAAUGAACUACUGAAAUGAAUUUAUCUGCAUGACAUCUUGCAAUCUGGGGGCAUCCCAAAUUCUAGAGUUACCUAUGUGCCACUAUAUAUACAAUUUUUUUUGUUUGUUUGUUUUUAGUAUUUUUAAAGGAAAAAACUUUUUUUUUCAUAAGCAGUGCAUAGAACAAUGUGAAUUGUCAUAUUUUUUUAAUCAUCAUAGAGUUUUACAUAUUGACCUCCGCAAUCGUUUUACAAGGCAUCUUUUACCACGAGCAGGAAUGGAAUUGUUUUUUUUACAGCAUAAGAAGCAAAACUUGCGGAAAACGGCAGCAGUGAUCUUAUUUCUAGCAUGGAUGUGCUCAUUGUGCUGCUUUAAUUAAAUUUGCAUCAAAUAAAAUAAGUUUUGAAUGUA